AUUGUUGGGAGGUAGGAUGUGGUGGAGGGUUGGAUAGUAUUUUAGUCCAAAGUUCAGAAGGUGGACAAAUGAGGGAAUUGGCAAGAGUGGACAUGUCCAGUUUUCAUGGAGUCUAGAGUAGCCUAUAAUUUAGGGGGAGGAAAACACUUUAAAGAAAUAAUUUCGUUUAACCGUCAACUGCUUAAAAAGAGAUACAAUAUCUCGCCUUGCCAAAGGAGCUUGGAUAAAACGCGACCAACCUGAAAUUCAAGAUAAGAUGAUUCGUCUUUUUUUGAAGGGUGCAUAGGCUACUGCUAGGCUUAAGCCUGGAGCAAAACAUUUGUUACAGAGUCCAUCCUUUCUUGCAUCGAAAUCUUUGACAGCGCCCACAUCUGGACAUUACAAAAACAGGUUGGAGAUUCUCACGGCAUAAACUUUACAACACCGGCUAAUUACGGACAGGUAGAAAAUUCGAGAGACACAUUCCAAACCAGACGCUGGUCAGCUUCCCUGUACCCUGUAUUCUGCACUAAUUUCCGUGAUGAGUAGGCCUACUGCCCGCAAGGCCCUGCUGUCUAUUCUGGCUCUUGCCGUAUUGAUUUAUGCCCUCCAUUCAUGGAACUUGUCGACUGACGUCCUAGUUAAUGAACGCCCAGAACUGGUCAUCAAGACUUUUCUAUUUAAGAAGCUUCAUAAACCGGUGGAAGAACAUGAUAAUAUCCCCUUCCAUGUCAAGGGAACUGUGGCAAGUCGUCUGAAGCAGGAUACGUGCGUAUGCAAGAGGGAUGAAAGCAUCCAAGUGCCAUUCGCUGACUGGCUGUUUCCCCGUAUGUGGUCACACAACUUCCUGUCCUCCGUCCAGGACUCAGAGGUGAAGAAUCGCAGGACACAGGAGUAUGAACGUUUCCAGAAGAGGUCCUCCAGCGCUCUAGACCUUCUUAUCAUAGCAGAGGCUAACAGUCCUCUCCAGUACCCUACUCAGGGGCUGGAGGUACGACCCCUCAAGACUAUCAUCAUCCCUGGGCUGGGUCUGAAGGAACUGCCUAAAGACAUAUACAUGGUGAAUUUGACUGCCACCAUGGGUACGUUUGAUGUGGCUGCCACAGUGGAUGCAGUUUUCAUCACAGGGGCGGGGCAAAUGCACAUAAGCAUGUCCAGUAGACAUCUUCCGAAUUUGAACCGACAGCUUCAGUUUGUCACCUACACAAACACUGUGUUCCACCCCAGGACAGCAGACAUACUUCAGAUGGAAACCCAUGGACACCACUCAGUCUUUACAAUCACUGUUGGACAUGUCAUCACCCCAAAACUCGUGAAACCAGCCUUCAAAGAAGAAGUAUCUGGUAUCAGUUCCCUUGUCACCAUCGCUACCAAGACCUUCCUGCGCUAUGAUAAAUUACAGGACUUGAUUGACAGCAUACGGCAGUACUACCCUGACAUUGUCAUAGUGGUCGCCGACGACAACGAGGAGCCCCAGCCAGUCAAGGGCCCCCACAUAGAGCAUUACACCAUGCCAUAUUUAAAGGGCUGGUUUGCUGGUAGAAACCUAGCCAUCUCCCAGGUGACCACCAAGUACGUGCUAUGGGUGGAUGAUGACUUCAUCUUCUCUGCUAACACAAAGCUGGAGAAGAUGGUGGACAUCUUGGAGAGAACCACCUUGGACCUGGUGGGCGGUGCGGUGAUGGAGGCGACCGGGUACACUGCCACCUUCCGCCACACCAUCUCUGUGGAAGAAGGUGGCCAAGAUGGGGACUGCUUACACAUAAGGCGGGGCUACCACCACACCAUUGAGGGCUAUCCCAACUGCGUGGUCGCAGACGGCGUCAUCAAUUUCUUCAUGGCGAGGACGGACAAGGCGAGGCAGGUGGGCUUCGACCCCCGUCUGGCACGAGCGGCUCAUCUGGAGUUUUUUGUUGACGGGCUGGGCUCUCUUCACAUUGGCUCCUGCAGCGACGUUGUGGUGAGCCACGCUUCAAAGAUCAAGUUGCCGUGGGGCAAAUCGGAGAGUGAAAAGGCCUAUGCCAAGUUCCGCUAUUCCCCCUCUAAUAACACCGGGAGUGACUUCUACUACUUCAAGAGCCGGUUCCAGUGCAUGACUAGUGAAUAAGAUGACCGCAGCCUGUUGUGUUAUUAGGUGUAGACCCUAUAACUUAAGAAGGACGAGACAACACCGGAUUGGUAUAGAUGACUGGAGCUUUACUCUAACGUGUUCAGUACAUCCUCAACUCCCGAACUCUCUAGCCUCUAGGGGGCAGCAUUCAUUCACUAACAUAACAUCCCCCUUUCUUAGUUCUGUAAUAAACAUUUCACUUAAGUA